AUGUAUGAGUAAAUAAAACUUUUUAACAUAAAAUCUUAUAUACAAAUUUUAAACAUUAUUCUUAACAUUAUUUCUUAAAUUUGUACACAAUAAAUUUAUAAAUUAUAUACUUCUAUAAAAUUACAUUACAUUAUAUUUAAAAUUAUUUUUGCUACAAAUGUGACAUUAUAAUUAACAAGACACUAUAAUUACAAAAAAGUAUACAUAUAUGUAACGUUAUAAUUGUUACAGACAUUCAGAUUGUUUCGAUAUCUUUUUGUUGUAGACCUUUUUUGGUAAUUCAGAUGAUACAUUCGAUAUAGCUUCUGUUUAAAAAAAUAUCAUAUAAUAUCAAACGUAAAAAUAUAAUAUUACAAUACAAAGAAAUAUAAUAUAAAUAUUUUACCUUCAACACAUAAGUUUUUUAAUUCUUUUUGAAGUUCAUCGAUGGUAGGGCUUAAUUUGGAAUUUGGUACUGAAGGCAAAAUGUUUUCAUCAGAUUUCAUUAAUUCUACUAAUUCCGCCUCUAAAUCAGCGCUUGAAUCAUCAUUUUUAAAAGAUUCUGACAAUGUAAACUGUACUUCUUUUUGUUCUUCUAGAGCCUGUAAUUUAUAUCAAUACAAAUAUUUCAAUACAAAAAAAACUAACAAUUAAUUGUUUAGUUUUUAAAUUUACUCACUUCUAAUAGAUCAUCUACAACAUCUGUGACAUUGGAUUCUGACAAACUUUUGUUAAGUGUUUUUAAUACAUUUGAUCCUGUUUUAUAAGCCGAUAGUACAGUAGUAUUUGUAUGAGUAUUUUGAAUACUUGUUAUAAGACUUUGAAUAUUGUCAAGUGUUUGAGCUCGUUUUUCAAUAGUAUUUUCUAAUUCUUUCUUUUUCUUCAGAUAUGUUUUUGCUACUUGUUGCAAUCCCUUAGUUAAAUAUGAUUUAGUUUCAUUAAUAACAUUAAUUUUUUCUUUCUCCAUGAGUUCUAUUUCUUUUAUAAGUUUAUUUUCUUGUUUUAUCAACUUAUACAGGCCUUCUUCAAUUUCUGUUAUACUGUCUGAUGAAUGCAUAACAAUUUUAAUCAAUAACUCAUUUUCAUUUUCACUACUCCUAAAAACCACUUUUUUCUGAUGUCUUAACCAUAUUAAAAUUAACAUUAUGGUAUUAUCUGAUAUAUUUUUAUCUAUUUCAGAUUUACAACUUUUUGCUAGUUCAGAAAAUGAUACAAGAAUAUGUUCUCUUUUUCUUUGUAAGAUAGAAAGUAAAACAUCUCCAAAUUCUUUGACAAUUUGUAGAUGUAUAUACUUGGUUUCUCUGUUAAUUUCAUUAUUACCAAUAUAACUUUUAACUUUCGAAAAUGACCAUACAAAUGGCUUUUUUAUAAAUAUAUCAAUUGACCAUGCAGUCCAUGAUUCACAAGGUUCUUUCAAAAAUUCAGUUUCUGAAAUUAUUUCAUUAGUCCUGUAAUAUUACAUAGAUUAGUCAGUGUGCAAAUACAAUUAGAAUAUUGGUUCCUUUUUAAUUAUUCUUUUAAUUAUUCUAUAAUCCACAAAGGUAACAUUACCGUAGCAAUUCUUCAACGACAGUUGUUAAACAAAGUGGUGUGCAACCUCUUCUUUUAAAAGUACUAUUUAAGUCUGUAAUAGAAAAACUGAUUCUCUUAGUAUGUUUCAACCAUUCAUAUAUUAAAUUCUGCCAAAAUUUAUAUUUUGAUAUCCAAUCUUGUGGAUUAGCUGAUUUACUGCGAAAAGGAGAAAAUAAAGCACUGAUCCUUUCUUCUUCAUUCCAACAUUUAGGCAUCUUUUCAGAAGGAAGUGGUAAGUUAUUAUCUAUAUUAUCAAUUUUCAUAGUCAUUUCUUUAGCUAAAAGAAUAUUUUUGUUAAGUUAGGUUAUAUUUUUACAUAACAUUGUGAAAGCAUAUAAUAAUAUUUAUCUUCUCACAGUAAUGUCGUCACAUAUGAUUAAAAUAUAAUGAAAAUAUGCAUCAGUUUUUGUCAGAUAAAUAAUAACUUUUUAUUGUUGAAGAUAAAGUAGGAUCUUUCCUUCAACAACAGUGUUAUUACAUCGAGUGCUAUCAUUUAUAGUUUAUAGCAUAAGCUACACAUCAUUUAUAAUGUAAAUAAUAAGUUACUUUGUAUGUUUGAAAUACAUUUGCUUCAAAUACGUCCACAAAUAAUUUACGAUUAUAAUAAUUUUUAUUUAAAUGCACUUUUGUUCACGAUGACCAAUAACACGUCUUUCUGAUAUUUCUAUUACAAACGUUAUUAAAAUUUGUAAAUAUCUCUAAAUUUUUUUUGAAAAAAAAAUUUUUUUUAUAUCUUCGAAAUAGAAAAUUAAAAUUCUAUCUAUUACGUUUCGUAUAUAACAACUUACUAACACAUAUAUAUAUUAUUUCAAGUCAAGAAGAUAUUUGCUUACUACUUUGAUAUUGUUUAUGUUAUAAUUUAUUAAUAAAUAGUUACUGAUUAA